AUGGCGUUCACGGGCGGCGCCUGCCUGGACUGCCCGCCCAUGCCGCCUCUGGGCGCGGACCUAGAGGGGGCGCGGAAGGAGCUGCCGCCCAUGCGACCGCUGGAGCGCGCGGCUUCCGCCAACUCGGGAGAGACGGCGUCAGUCGCGAACACGGAGCCGGCGACCGCGAGCGCGAGCGCGGCGUUGAACCCGGCGGGCAUCUUCUUCUCCAGUUUGUCGUCGGCGGCGGACGCGACGGCGACGAGCUUGGUCGCCUUCGCGGGCGUCGCGACGGCGCGGGGCCUGAGGAAUCGAGGACGCGAGCGCGUGAGUUUGGAGAUAUCAAUAUCUUUGACGAGGGCGCGAGGCGGACGACGCGAGGCGGAGGGCUCGGUCGACGCCGAACGGUCGCGGUCGAGACGUACCUGA